UUCCAGCCGCAGAUUUAUCCCGCAACAAAAACAUGUGACCGCCUUUCGCCACAGCGUGCAACUCUUUGGGCGAAUGUUCCGUCCAACAAGAAUAAGUGCAGCCUUUCUAACUUUGGGUAACAAAAGUGCUAUAUGAAUGCAAGAAUUAUAUAAAUAAAAACGAAUCUUAUACUAUGGGAAAACACGACACAUGGGGCGAUGAGAACGACUUUACUGAACUAAGAAUGGCCUCAUUGGUCUUAAGUUAAUCAGACUCAUUCCGGCUAAUUAGAAAGCGGUAAAAUGUGCGAAUCGGCCGUAGUAUUGAAGGUAAAGGUACAACUUCUCGGUCCAGAUGUCGGAUAUCUGACUAUGCAGUCUGCCCCCUAUAGGCUUUGCAAAGGACUAUGAGUAUUGUUCAAUAUAAAAAUCUAGAUUAUUUAGAUUACAUUGCAGCCUAUAUUUGUCAUAUGAAGAUUCUUCCAUAAUAGCCCACGACAAAAGGAUGCCAACAUCUAGCCUUUCUGUGAACUGUACAGAUGUUCAAUAAGUAUGUCUGUAUCUGACGCUGAGCCUUAUUGUUUGUUACUGCUGACAUGCUCCAGUGUACCGGUAAUGAUGACUAAGUAUACAGACAUGAACCAUGCAUCAGUGAGCCCUGGUAUUAACGGCGUGGGUGUGUCUGCAGUAAUCUGCUGACCAUGAUUACAAGAAUUAUAUCCGCUUAAAUCUGCAGUUAGAAAAAUUAGCCAAGCAUAUAAGGAAAUCAGCCUUAGCCAAAAUCCCCAUAACUAUGGUUACCGAUGUCUGCUAUUGUAGUAACGUUACCAGAGUCCCACCAUGAGUGUGCUGCCCCCCGUGAGAAGGGACCGUGUCAUCGCCCAGAUGCCCCAGCCUUUCAGUAAGGAUGCAGCUCUGAACACCAAGGAUGGAUUCCACUCCAAGGUGAAGACGGCCUGCCAGGAGCACAGGACGGGCACAGUGGGCAGGUUCAAGAUUUCCAAGGUCAUCGUGGUAGGUGACCUGGCUGUGGGGAAAACCUGCCUGAUUAAUAGGUUCUGCAAGGACACCUUUGAUAAGAACUACAAAGCAACCAUUGGUGUGGACUUCGAGAUGGAGAGGUUUGAAGUGCUGGGGGUCCCGUUCAGUUUGCAGCUAUGGGACACUGCAGGCCAGGAGCGGUUCAAGUGCAUCGCCUCCACGUACUACAGGGGAGCACAGGCUAUCAUCGUUGUGUUUGACGUGACUGAUGUGGCCUCUCUGGACCACACAAGGCAGUGGCUGGAAGAUGCACUGAAGGAGAAUGACCCCACCCACGUCCUGCUAUUCCUGGUUGGCACCAAGAAAGACCUGAGUUCUCCUGCCCAAUACUCUCAGAUUGAGGAGGACGCCAUUAAGAUGGCAGAGGAGAUGAAGGCGGAGUACUGGGCUGUAUCUGCCCUGUCGGGCGAGAAUGUUCGGGAGCUGUUCUUCCGCGUGGCGUCGCUGACCUUCGAGGCCAACGUCCUGGCGGAGCUGGAGAAAAGUGGAUCAAGGCGUGUGGGCGACAUCGUCCGGAUAAACAGCAAUUCUGGUAACCUUUAUGCAACACCAAAGAAGAGCCAGUCCAGCUGCUGUAAAUAAAGGGAGAGAGGCCGGUGCAUCGCACUUUGCACUACAGGAAUAUCAGCCACCAGCGUGACAAGACUUACAGCCAUGGAGAGCAGGGUCUUCUCUCGCCAGGCACUGCGCAGGACGCCACCCCAGAAUGGAGGACUCUGCAUGGGCCGGAUUCUCUCUCUGCUGGUGCUGGAAGUGGGUGACGGGCCUUUUCCUGAGGGGUUUGGCUGCUUUCUUCUGGACGUCACGUUACCUGCUCCUUACCAUGCAAGGCUUCCUGUAGUUUGCUGUGUGCUGGUUUCACUAUGCAAUAUGGUACAUGCUGAGCGAUCCCUUGUGUCUUAGGGUUAUGUCUCUGCCUUCUAUGGCAAACUUAAGGUUUUGGACAUUUAUCUACGAUGAGGAUGGUGAUGAUGGUGGUGAAGACGUCGGUGUGUGUGUGAUGGGAUAAUAUUUAUGUGUAAGUUAACCAGGAGGCCCAGGUGGAAAAUGCACCCUCAUUUCCUGGAGUGUUAUAUUUUAGUGUUUAAAUACCUGAAAAUGUGUUAAGGAUUUUUUUAAAUAAAACCUUUUUACAGUCCAA